UUAAACAGCUACUGGGAAAAUGGAUAUCAGUAUUGAUUUGGAAACUGACUAUCCUGAGCUGGUUCUGUAUGUGGGAAGAGUCACUCUUGGGGAGAAGAACAGAAAUAAAAUGAAUCCUCAACUGAGAAAAAUGCAGAAUUAUAAAAUCUCACAAGCUGUGUGUGGUAAAGUGAAUUCUGGAGGGGGAGUGAUCAAGGCUAAAAUUGAGAAUGAAAACUAUAGUUUCAAAAGUGAUGGAAUAGGAUUAGAUUUGGAAAAUUCUUUUCAGAAUAUGCUUCUGUGUGUUCCUAAAUACCUAGACUUCAUGCAGCAAGGUAACUACUUUCUGAUUUUUGUCAAAUCAUGGAGCUCACAAAUCACUGGUAUGAAAAUUGUCACCUUGAGCUCCAAUUUGUACAAAAGAGAUGUGACAUCUGUAAAUGUCAUGAGUCCCAUGGCUGCACUGGACUUUCUCAAAGACAGGAAAGAAAGUGGAGAGUGGUUUUCUAGAAACAUUUAUCGCCUCCAAAGAGAUUCCGUUGAUAUACAAGAAGAAAGUAACAUAGAGGCCUUGGCUGCUGACGUUUUUAACAGGACGCGACUUAGGUACAAAGGAAAACUCAUCUUUACUGAAUCCACACAUGUUGAAAUGAAACAAUUCUCAACAGAAAAGCGGUUUCAAUACAUUAAAGAGAUUCUCCCUCAACAUGUUUCUGCAUUUGCAAAUACUGAUGGGGGAUAUUUGUUUAUUGGUGUUAGUGAAGAUCAACAAGUAAUUGGCUUUAAAGCAGAGUUGAGUGAUUGUGAGCAGUUAGAAAGAGAAAUAGAAACAUCCAUCAGGAAGUUGCCUGUCUAUCACUUCUGUGGGAGGAAUAGGGAGAUAAAUUACUCGUGCAAAUUCCUUGAAGUAUUUGAUGAAGGACGUGUUUGUGGGUAUGUUUGUGCUCUCAAAAUAGAGCGAUUCUGCUGUGCAGUGUUUGCUAAAGACCCGGAUUCCUGGCGUGUGGAAGACAACCGUGUGAGGCAGAUAACCGUGAAUGAAUGGAUUCAGUUCAUGGUGGAUGCUGAACCAAGUGAGGAAGGACCAAUAUAUCUAUAUCUUGUGCCAUCAGAAAAGACGACAUGUGUUCCAGAAGCCUUCUACAAGAAACUGCGCUCUCAACACAAAAGACUUGCACAGUUAAUACGGGAAGAAGUGGGGUCUGAUGGUCAAGGUACAUUGAUAUUUUCUAGGAGCUGGUCUUUGGAUCUAGGCUUGCAAGAGAACGAGGAUGUCAUCUGUGAUGCUCUUCUAAUUUCCCAGGACCGUCCACCAGUCCUUUAUACCUUCCUCAGGGUACCAGAUAAGAAGUCAAAAGGCUAUUCCAGGCAAACUGCCUUAACUUUAAAGCAGAAUCUGGCAAAACUUGGUCGUUACCCUGGGAAAGUGUGUAUCAUGAUAAAGAUCUUCUACUUGAGCGAAGAAUCUCCUCCAUUGACUGAAGGCAAUGCAAGCCUUCUUUAUGAUUCAAGCUGCCGGGUAUGUUACCCUAAGUCCUACAAUCGUGUAACCACUCAAACAGUGAAAGACUUGAAGAAGGCCCUUUUUAUACUCUUAAAAAGACUUGGAUCUUUGAGUAACCAAUUUGCCUCUGAGAUUUUUCAACACCUCUUAGAUAGUCAGUGUGGAUUACGUUCAGAGGAAUGACACAAGGAUGUUUAAAUCUU